AUGGUAAUCUUGUCCAAUGGUAAUCUUGAAAAUGUCAAUCAGGGGAUUGCUAAGAAGCGGAGGAGAGCUCUAAGCCUUCAAGAUCAAGGGCAGAAAGAAAGCUCGGAUAUUGAGGAAGGUCAGAUUGUAACAGAAAAAUGGGAGUCAUCCACGGAGGAGGCUUCUGUAUCCAGGAGAGAUGCUUCUGAAGGUCCAACAGUGGCUGACAGUGUGAAGAAGAGAAUGUCACAAAAUGAAGAUGUGAAGAUCCACACCAAAGGAAGGCCAGUUCAUGAAAAGGCCUUUAUGUGGCUUUAA